AUGACAACCAAGAAUAUUUUCCCAGCCUCAAAGCCAUUGACCUAUAUCCUGCUCCAGACAUCUUCAGAAGCCCCCAAAUCCACCAAAUCUUCCAAGACCAACAAAUCCAAGACACAGGACCCAGUCAGAAAUAUUUCCAAGCAGCUCCCAGAGAACUGUGGAUACUACCUUUCUGAACCUAAAAACUUCUACUGCCUGAACCUGUCUCUCCUUGGAGCAGGGAAGCUUUUGGCCGCAGAGCCACAGAUACACGUCCCUAUCCCCAAGGCCACAGAAACCUCUAUCUCUGAUGGUCCCAUAGCUAGGCUUCAACUGAUAGAUCAGACAUGUGGGUUCAGAAAGUAUAUCAUGCCAGCCCUGGGCCCUCCUAGGAAUGCAUCCACUAUGUCGGUCAUGAAGACACCCUCUGCAGAUGCCUUGAAGGUACCCACUACAUCAGUCAUGAAGACACCCUCUGCAGAUACCAUGAAGGUACCCUCUGUAACAAUCAUGAAGACACCGUCUGCAGAUUCCAUGAAGGUACCCUCUGUAACAAUCAUGAAGACACCUUCUGCAGAUGCCUUGAAGGUACCCACUACAUCAGUCAUGAAGACACCCUCUGCAGAUACCAUGAAGGUACCCUCUGUAACAAUCAUGAAGACACCUUCUGUAGAUGCCUUGAAGGUACCCUCUGUAACAAUCAUGAAGACACCUUCUGUAGAUGCCUUGAAGGUACCCUCUACAACAGUCAUGAAGACACCAUCUGCAGAUUACAUGAAGGUACCCUCUGUAACAGUCAUAAAGACACCUUCUGCAGAUACCAUGAAGGUACCCUCUGUAACAAUCAUGAAGACAUCUUCUGCUGAUGUCAUGAAGGUACCCUCUGUAUCAAUCAUGAAGACACCUUUGGCAGAUACCUUGAAGGUACCCACUGCAUCAAUCUUGAAGACACCCUCUGCAGAAGCCAUGAAAGUAUCCUCUACAACAAUUGUGAAGAUAUCCCCUUCAGUGGUUUCAAAACAAUCCUCUGAAGGUGCCAUGAAGCCAAGGACCAAGACCCAACCAAAGAACGAAAAGAAAGAAGACAAAGAAAAAUGUCUCUUUCUUGACCUGGUGCUUGUCAACACAAACUGGUCAGCUCCAGUCAUCCAACAUUUCCCUAUUCCAGAAGCCACAGAGGUCACCAUAUCAGGAACCCAUGUUAUUUGUGGAGCUACCACACAAUAA